UGGAGCCGGCCCUGGAUGCACCAGCAGCUGGCACCGCUCUUCCGCAUCACCCUGCCCGUGGUCUCCAGCGACGUGGUCCAGAGCGUCCCAUGCAGGAACUACAGGCUCCAAAAUUGGAUGUCGGAGGAGUACAGGCACAUCGAGGGGAAAUACGUCCGGCUGACGGGCUACCCCUGCUCCUGGACCUUCUACCACCACCUCCGGCAGGAGAUCCUCCAGGAAUUCUCCUUCCACGACCACGUCAAGGAGGAGGCCAACCGGUACCUGGCCGGGCUGCGUGGGCAGCGCCGGAACGUGACCUACGUGGGCGUCCACGUCCGGAGGGGGGACUACGUCCGGGUGAUGCCCCAGGUCUGGAAGGGGGUGGUGGCAGACAAGGCCUACCUGGAGAAGGCCAUGGGCUACUUCCGGGCCAAGUACCAGGAGCCGGUCUUCGUGGUGACCAGCAACGGGAUGGAGUGGUGCCAGGAGAACAUCGACGCCUCGCGGGGGGACGUGUAUUUCUCGGGGGACGGGAAGGAGUCGUCGCUGGGGAGGGACUUUGCUUUCUUGGCCCAUUGCAACCACACGAUCAUGACCAUCGGGACCUUCGGCAUCUGGGCCGGUUACCUGGCUGAGGGGGAGACCAUCUACUUGGCCAACUACACCCUCCCCGAUUCCCGCUUCCUCCGGGUCUUCAAGCCUUUGGCAGCCUUCCUGCCCGAGUGGUUUGGGGUUGACGCCGAUCUCUCCACACUGCUGAAUGGGACACAGAGGCAGAAAAGACCCAGAUUACAGGCUCCCAACAGGACCCGCAGGGAUAGGAGGCCAGCCAUCAGCGAGGGAAAAGGGCGCUGGAGAGUUCAGGGUGUAUUGGAGCAGGGUGAGGGCCAGAAGAAAGCUCACAUUGUGGCAAGUUUUAAAAUGGGUAAAUGGGAUGACCCGAGUAAUUAUGGGCCUGUCAGCCUGACCUCGGUCCCGGGGAAGAUAAUGGGGCGGCUGAUACGGGACUCGAUUGAUCAAGAAUGA